UGCAGGGUAGGCCAUACAGCAAUAGAUAAUCCAGUUCAAUGGGCCAAUUUUGUGCCCUGCCAGAAGGGUUUAGUUUCUUGACCAAAACCCCUGGUUCGUUUCUCUCUCUGUUGCGCGUUGCAGGGUGAGUGAGCAGCGCGUAGAAAUGGCUCUACGUGGCGGAUCUCUUUCAAGGUCUCUGAUCACCGCCGCCAGAACCUUCUCAAAUCAUUCGUCGCCGCCGUCUAUCUCUCGCAUCCGCACAUCUCCACUUGGAUCUUAUCUUCUCGACUCUCGCCGCCCCUUCACUGCAGUUCCAAGGACUAUGGGGCUGUUGGGGUGCACGCAGUCGCUCUUGCCUCUGCACAGUGCUAUUGGUGAUGCUCAUCUUACUUCCCAUAUCUCUAUCGAAUAUCGUGCUUGCUGCGAGUUGUCUCAAGGUACUUGAGUAGAUUAUAAAAUUGGAUGGAGUUGCCCACAUUUCUAUAGCCAGAAAAAGAAUUUAUGGCCGAUGCCAUGGAACAGGAAGCUUGUUGUUCUUUCUCAAUCAUUUGGUUCGUUGCAGUUUCAUUCUUCCUGAUAUAAUUGGAGGUUUAGGCAUUACAUUUGAGAGAAAUUUUGAGCACAUGUAUUCUUCUGCAUAGAAAUCUUUCAAAUCUGGUUGAAGGGCAUAGACUUGUUUUUUCUAUGAAAAAUUAUGCCCAGAAAACAAAAUCGCGAGCAUAGAUACUUAUAUGGUAAUACUAAAAUGCUUAUCAGGAAUCUAGUUUUCAUGUAUUAUUUGUUUGGGCGAUGAA